GUCAUCGUAUGCUGAUGCCUCUUCUUGAACCAAAUCUUUCUGGCAGAUGGAUGUCAUCCCAGAGCUUUGAAACCCCGGCAGCUUCGCCAGCUCCCAGGGAGUGCUGAUCAAUGCCAAAAUGCCACCAAAGCGAGCAUGCGAUAUCUGCUAUCGUAGAAAGAUCCAAUGUCUCAUCCCUGCAGAGGGCCCUCCGUGCGACUGGUGCAGCCAUCAUGAUUCCGAAUGCACCUUUCACCGCGAUGCGCCACGAAGGAAGAAGAAAGCCAAGGUAACGUUGGGCGACGUUCAAGGCCUCAACAAUCGCAUACAGCAGCUCGAAGAUGCGCUAGCCAAGGCGAAUUCGCAGCAACCAAUUCAGCCAGACACCCCUAAUCAAGGCCAACCAACUCCAGCGAUAUCCGUAUCUGAGGAGACUCCAAACUCAGCAUCUGUCCAAAGUACAAUUCCAGCAACUAUUCAGAACUCUAUUGCUUUUUCCGAGCAAUCACUCUCUCCACUGGUCUUCUCUCAGACCCCCGCCAGUGUUGAUGACACUCAUAUCACACCGUCAGCAGAUGGGUCCCGGCCCGGCAGCUAUAUCGGUCCCAACUGGUUCUUCAGAGGCAUUCACGCGUUCUCGGAAGACGGCCGCCGGUGGAUCUCCUCCAAGACUGGUCAGACCAUCGAUUGGAGUAAACUUCAAAUAUUCACCGCAAAGCCAUCACCCUUCGCAAAGUUACAUGCGCAGCUUUCGCCAGAUCGUUGUCAUCUUCCAGAUCAGGCUUCUUUGAGAGAGCUUCUUUCCUCGUACCUCAACUCAUCUUUCCGCUUAAGGUUCCCACUCAUUGACAAGGUCCUCUUCGAAGACACAAUCAACGAGGCUUAUGGAGAUCCCGACAAUAUUUUACCUCCUCCAGUGCGCCUGGCUGCCCGGGCCUGCGUCUUUGGAGCCGUCAGCCUCAUGACAUUCCUACCUGAUGCUCAGCCUGGUUCUCUAGGGCUAGACGGCAAUGAGAGCGCAGCCAGAGCCAGCUAUCUUCUCAGUCAACUUAUCGGGUAUGCAAGCCUGGCAACGUUACAAACAACUCUAUUACUGCAUGUGCAACGUCUUCUAUGCGGUUAUUGGCAAGAAGCCGAUUCGCUACUACCAGCAGCUUGCCGUACAGUCGGUGCACUCGGUGGGCAUCUUUGUCAGCCCUCGAAUGCCCUCACAGGAGAGAUCUCGCUGUCAGAGAGAAGAAAACAACAUGUUAGGAACCUCUUCUGGGUUUGCUAUAUGUCGGACAAAGACUCGUCCCUACGAACAGGACAACCUCCACUUCUUGCUGACAUCUACUGUGAUGUCACCAUUCCAGAAAAUUACCUGAGCUCUUAUACCUACCUACGUGGUCUUGAUGAGCAUCUCCACCCGCCAGAUGCAUCAGGCGAUGCGGAUCUCACACCCCACUUCUCGGGAGACGCUCAAUUAGGGUUCCUCAAAGAGAAAGUAUAUCGGCUACUUUACUCAGUACAAGCCCUGAGUGACAAAGACAAUCGACUCUUGAUAUCAAUUCGGGAACUAGAUGACGAAAUCGAAUGCUGGCGUCUGUCGGUUCCGGUGGACUUCCGGCCAGCUCUCUCAGUGUCGUUAAAUACUCUUCUAAUUACGCCUGAAACAAAACUACCUCAUUUACGACGAUAUUUUCACCUUCUUCUAGAAUAUUGGUAUCUGAUGAUUUACGUCCAUACUACAGUCAGACGAUAUGAUGCACACACGAUAAUUGGCGACGGGGGCCAAGAUCUUCACAGGGUCAUUCACUCUAGCUAUGACUUAUCAAUGGAAGCCGGCAGGUCGACGCUUCGAUGCCUGCGAGUGUGCAUGAAUACCUUCUCUAACGAAGGUUUUUGGCUUCUGAUGUUUUACGCCACCAAUGCAGCCAUUGCUCUGUUUCUCAACAUGAUCAUACACCCAGAAGAUACGGACGGCCAGCUCGAUCUCGAGCUUCUCAUUUCGGCUGCGAACGCAAUCCGUACAGCAAUUCCACGGACUCCAACGCGCGAAGAAAGUACACGUAUUCAGAGAACGUCCGAUUUCAUCAUGCGGCUCAUGUGGCUCGGAUCCUGUGCCAUCACCAAGUCGCAGGAAGAGGGAUUGCAACACGAGCUGUAAAGGUCAAGCAUAGUCGAGCUGGUUCAAAGGAAAGGUGCAGUUGAUAAGACGCCCAGCUCAUAAGGAGCGGCUCCCGCUGACAAAGCGGUGAACAUGGUCGUAAGGAGCGGAUUAACAAGCCAAGAGAUUAGAGCUCCCCUGGCUCUCGUCUCAACAGGGGUGGCAAUCCGAAUAAUUAAGCGUAUUGAUACUGCAGAACAUACGUUCCCGAAAGCUUCGCUCUUACUGGCGGACGGGAUGAUGCUCAAUGAUACACUAGAUCAAAUACAUGCAGGAGUUAAU